GUCCUGUUGAACUAUCCUCUCCCGGCUCCGUGACCCGCCCAUUCGCCGCUGCUGCCUGAUCUCGGUCAGGUGUUAGUUGUACAGCGACGUAAACUUUGCAUUAGGAAAACUGGUUGGAUUUUGAGUCGGGACAAAUAAAGUCGAGGCCAUGUUCAGACGGAUACUUCAAAUGACUCCUGGGAAGGGAGGGUCCCAGAACGCAGAGCCGGAGCAGCCCAGCACAGACCUUAACCACGAUCAGACGUCUGAGGGCUUCAUCUGUCCUCAGUGCAUGAAGUCACACAACUCUGCAGAGGAGCUGUUCAAGCACUAUCAGCUGUUCCAUGACACCGGAGACCUGCCCACUCAUAUGGCACCCACUCGGGAAGACCUUACAAUGCUGCGGCAAGAGGUUCAGGACCUGCAUACUUCUCUCAAGGAGGAAAAGUGGUUCUCUGAAGAGCUCAAGAAGGAGUUAGACAAAGUCCAAGGACAACUGAAGCAAAAUGAUGGACAGACGGGCUCAGAGGAUGCAGCCCUUGAAAGGAAGUUGAACGAAGCGGAGACCGAAAAGUUCAACAUCAAGCAGAUGAAAGACCUGUUUGAGCAGAAGGCUGCCCAGCUGGCCACAGAGAUAGUAGACUUAAAGUCCCGCUAUGAUGAGGAGAAGAGCCUAAGGGAGGCUGCUGACCAGAGGCUGGGCAAACUGACCGAACAGCUACAGAAAGAGAAGCAGGAGAACGAGAGACUCCAAACAGAACUGCUGCAGCGACCGGGAGUGGAGGAUGUGGAGGUACUGCAGAAGGAGCUGGUGCAGGUCCAGACACUGAUGGACAGUCUGACCCGUGACAGGGAGGAAGAGUCUGAACGCCUCAAAACCCACUACGAGCAGCUGCAGGCUAACUACACUACCUCAGAGAUUCGUAAACUAGAGAUGACCAUAUACCAACUAAAAGCAGAGCUGGAGAAGGGUCCACAGGAAGCAGCUGUCUACACACAACAGAUCCACCAGCUACAGAGCAGUCUGAAUAAUUUGCAGCAGGAAAGCCAGAGCCUGUCUGAGAAGCUUGCACGCAAGGAGAAAGAGUAUCAGAAACUGGAGGAGUGUCUGGAAGCUGAGAAGGCUGCCAAGAAGGGAGUUCAAGGCAGCCUGAGAGAGAGGGAGCUGGAGGUUCAAGAGCUCCAGGCUCGGGCCACAGGGGCAGAAGCCUCCGUGCAGAAGGCCCAGACGGAGCUUGGAGAGAGGGCUGAGGAGGUGGCAAAGUUGAAGAGUGAGAUCACGGAGCUGGAGGUGAAGCACGCAGAGCUGAAGGUUGAGAGGAAACAGUUGGAACAGCAAAGGGAAGAAAAAGACAGCCAAGGUGCUCAGCAGCAGACUGAGAUCAGUCAGCUGCACGCCAAACUGCUGGAGACGGAGAGGCAGCUGGGCGAGGCGCAGGGUCGUCUUAAAGAACAGAGGCAGCUGUCUGGGGAGAAACUAAAAGACCGCGAGCAGCAAGCAGCCGACCUGCAGCUCAAACUGUCCCGUGCAGAAGAACAGUUGAAGGAGAGUGCCAGUAAGAAUACAGACCUGCAGCACCAGCUGGAGAAAGCCAAGCAGCAGCACCAGGAGCUGCAGGCGCUGCAGCAAAACACUAACGGCAAACUCCGCGAGGCACAGAAUGAUCUGGAGCAGGUGCUGCGUCAGAUCGGAGAUAAGGACCAAAAGAUCCAGAAUCUGGAGGCUCUGCUGCAGAAGAGUAAGGACAUUGUGAGCCAGCUGGAAGCCGAGAGAGAUGACCUGUGUGCCAAAAUCCAGGCCGGUGAGGGAGAGACGGCUGUCCUCAACCAGCUAAAAGAGAAAAACCUUGCACUACAGGAACAGGUCACACAGUUGACAGACAAGCUGAAGAACCAGUCAGAGAGCAACAAGCAAGCCCAGGAUAACCUACAUGAGCAGGUCCAGGAGCAGAAGACCCUGCUGCGUUCAGCCCAGGACAGAGCCCACACCCUGGAGACCUCCGUCACUGAACUCACCGCCCAGCUCGCAGACAGCAAGGAGAAAGUAGCCCAGCUGGAUGCUCAGCUGAAGGCAAAGACAGAGAUGCUGCUAUCUGCAGAGGCAGCCAAGGCUGCGCAGAAGGCAAACCUGGAAAACAACCUGGAGACUGCUCAACAUGCACUGCAGGACAAGCAGCAGGAGCUGAAUAAAGUUCAGAAGAAGGUGGAGGAACAGGCCCAGAGGCUCAAGGAGAGACAGGAGCAGUGCGCACAGAUGGACACCAAUCUGAAGGAAUGCAAAGACAAACUAUUGGCCUCAGAACAGCGUAUAGAGAAGCUGGAGGGGGUCAAUAAGAAAUUGGAGUCACAGGUUGGGGAGUUGCAAGCCACACGGGACCAAGUGCAGCAAGAAAUGCAGAAGCUGCAAAAGGAGGGGUCAGAGGUCAAGCGGAAAGCCAAGGAGCUACAGCGCUCGCUGGAAACGGAGAAAGCAGGGGCCACAACACUACAAGAAGAAUUGAAGAAAAAAGCGGCUGCUUUGAGUGACGUUCAGCAGCAGCUGGAGCGCAGUGAGGAGGACAAAGCUGCUCUGAAGUUGGAUCUGGACAAGGUGAGCCAGGAGGGAAAGACGAAACAUGCAGAGCUGGACAGGAAAGCUCAGAGCCUGACAGUAGACUUACAAAAGGCCCAACAAGAGAAAGAGGCUCAAAGGAAGGAGCUUGCCUCUACGCAGGAGAGUCUAGGAAAGGCUAAUAAGGCACUAAAAGAGAGUCAGAGUCAACUGGACACAGAGAGGAAGAACCAUAAGUCAGCAAUGGAGGAGAAGGAAAAGUCCAAUGAGAAGGCCAGACAGGAGCUUCUUAAGAAUAACGAGGCCAUCACCAAGGCAAUGAAAGAAUCUAAAGAUCAGUUGGAGCAGAUGGGAGAGGCAGAGAAAAAGUUGAAGGUGCAGCUGACCACGUUGGAGCAGCAGCACUUAAAGGCUCAGGGGGCGCUGAAGGAAAAAGAGAAAGAGUUGGAGAAGUUGCAGGCACAACUUAAGAUGUCCCAGGGGUCCUUUGAGGAGGAAAUGAAGAAACUGGAGGGCCAAGUUGCAAAGUUACAAGAAGUUAAUGUCAAGAAGACGGAAGAGGAGAGUAAGCUGAGGGCUCAGGUGUCAGAUCUCGGCAAGGAGCUGGCCUCUGAGAACAGUCGGACGACAGAGCUGCAGAAGGCCUUGGAGCAAAGGCAGGAAAGCCUCACUAAGCUUCAGUCUGACUUGUACGGCAAGGAGUCUGAGGUCUCUGCCAUGCGUCAAGAUCUGAAGGCGUCAGAGAAGAAGCUGAACUUGGCUCAGGAAGAGCUGGCCGCUAACCGCAACCAUCAAACAGGUUUAGAGGCUCAGAUCCAGGAGCUGCAGACGGGCCGGGGCUCGUUGGAGCAGGAGCUGGCAAAACGGGACCAGAAGCUCCAACAGCAAGAACAAACCCUGAGGGAACUACAGAAGCAACAGGGUCAAGUAAAGGAAGAACUGGAGAAGGAGAGGAGUAAAGUGGAGGAGCUGAACAAAGCCAAGAGUGUCCUGGAAAAGAAUAACACCAGACUGACUUCUGAAUUAAAAGCAGUAACGGAGAAGAGUGAAAAGGACCUGGGUGAGUUGCUGGAAGCCAAGCAGCUGUUGAUCCAGCAGAAAGUGGAGCUGCAGGGUCAGGUGGAGGCAGCACAGAAGAGCCUGGAGCAGGAGCAGAAAGAGCACCAGGCCACCAGGGACAGCAGGAGCCAGCGAGAGGAGCAGCUCUGCGCACAAACCAAGAUUGUCCAGGAUCAGUUGUCGGCCGAGAAGCGAGCGAGAGAAGAGCAGGUGAAGCGUGGGGAGGAGACAGCAGCUAAGAUGGGUGUGCAGGUGACGGCUCUGAACGAAAACGUGGCCACGCUGAAGAGGGAGUGGCAGGGCAGCCAACGGAGAGUAGGCGAACUGGAGAAGCAGAUCGAUGAGCUGAGAGGAGAGAUCGCUGUGCUGGAGGCCACCGUCCAGAACAACCAGGACGAGAGACGGGCUCUUUUGGAGAGGUGUGUGAAGGGUGAAGGCGAGAUAGAGAAACUGCAGGCCAAGGUGGUGGAGCUGAGGAGGAAGCUGGACGACACGACGGCAGCCAUGCAGGAGCUGGGCAGAGAGAACCAGUCGCUCCAGAUCAAGCAGUGCCAGAGUCUGACCAGGAAGUGGGCCGAGGAUCACGAGGUGCAGAACUGCAUGGCCUGCGGGAAAGGCUUUAGCGUCACUGUCAGGAAGCACCAUUGCAGACAUUGCGGCAACAUUUUUUGUGCCGAGUGUUCAUCGAGGAACGCCUUCACACCGUCCUCUAAAAAGCCAGUACGGGUCUGUGAGACGUGCUUUGAGGACCUCCAAGGCUGAUUUCACUCCCAUCCCUUCAACCCCCCCCCCCUUCCCCCUCCACUUCCUACUUCAGCGGGCAGAAGAAGGCGUGUCUUUGUCAUAUUCAAUGUGCACUAUUAAGGACAAACCCAGUGCAAAGACGCCCACCUGCAUGUGACUUCCGGCUCUCGUGUGGAGGGAAAUAACUGAAGGGUUUUAAUGAAGAGACACCAGAGCCACGUAACUGGGAUUGGGGUUGGAUUUGGUUGGGAUUGUCUGUAUCUGUUUUUGUGCCUUUGCUAGUCCUGUUGACUGCCAGAGAGCGGAGGCAGCGAGAACUAAACACCAUCCAUCUCUUUAAGUUCCUAUUCACCAUCUCCAUUGUUUUUUUAGAUUCAUUAGUAAGUGCAAGGUGGUUGCUGUGUAUGUUGUAAGAUGUUUGGUGUCAGUUGUCAGGAGGUGUAAGGUCAGUGUGACGCUGCAAGAGUGACUGGAGGAAGUAAAUAUUGUCAUGUGGAUGUUGAAAAUCACUGCUGCCCUACAAAAGUAAAUGCAGGUAACUAUUUUGUCAAGAAAAGAAAAAUCUGUAAAUAUCCAAUGUGACGUAUUUUCUUUGUAUAACUACACCAAUCUGAUUACCAAGAAAUCAGAUUUUUAUAGGAAGAUACAGUGAAUUAAAGUUAUCAGUAAGUACAAAAAUAUUUUUGAAUAUUUUUUCAGUUUAACUGUAUUUAUGUGUGUAAUGCAGAUUUGACCUUCAUAAUACAUAUAAUAAGUGUGCUGAAAUAGUUGUUUUUUUUUAGGCGCAUACUUCAAAUUUGCUUUCAAGAAAUCAUUAUUUGUGCUUAAACAUGAUUAGAAAAUAUUAGGUAGAGUUUUUAAAUUUAGGAGUAUGCAUUGUUUUGUAAAUUCACAUUAAUAAAGAUCACUAGAUCCUUUUGUUAACAUUGUGUUGCACAGUAUAAAACAACAAAACCAAGCAAAUUACAUCUUACAUUUUUUCACAAUUUUUGGUAUUAUAAAUGUUCAACUGUAAAAAGAAAAGCUGCCCUCUAAA